AUGAAAGAAUCUAAAGAAGCCCUGCUGUCCCACAUGAACGACUCCGACAACAUCGAAUCCGACCCACCCCCAGCCUACGACAAACCUGCCCCAAAAGUCAACCGCGGGGCACCACUCCCACGCCCACCACCCCUCAACCUCCCAGUCCUAAACCGCCUCCGCAGCCAGCGCGUAAUCCUCGCCUCACAAUCCCCACGACGCAAGCAAAUAAUGUCAUUCCUGGGCCUCCCAAACCUAGAAAUCAUCCCCUCAAACGCCAAUGAAGACCUACCAAAAAGCCUAGGUCCAUUCGAGUAUGUUCUCGCAACAGCAACGAAAAAAGCGCAAGCAGUCUACGAGCAAGAAAUCAACAACGAGAUCAAGGGUGAGCCAGCCCUAAUCCUAGCCGCGGACACGGUCGUCGUCGACCCAUCUACUGGCAACAUCCUCGAAAAGCCCCGCUCAGAAGCACACCACAUGACCAUGCUGCGUUCGCUACGUGAUGCCCGAAACCACAAGGUUUACACGGCGCUUGUGGCUAUGGCGCCGUUGGCUAGUGCGCGGGACCCUGGGUAUGCGAUUGAGAGUAUGGUUGAAGAGACAGCGGUGAGGUUUGACAGUGAGGUUACGGAUGAGUUGAUUAUGGCUUAUGUGCGCACGCGCGAGGGCGCGGAUAAGGCUGGUGGGUAUGGGUUGCAGGGACUUGGGUCUAUUCUUGUUGAGAAGAUUGAUGGCAGUUAUGAUAAUGUUAUUGGGUUGCCGCUUAAAGCGACGCUUAAGAUCAUUGAGACUGUUAUGCAGAGGGCGGAAGAUGAUGAUGAGAUGCCUGGGGAUGAUGGUGAGGAGAGUGAGGAUGAGUGA